CCGGGCGCCUCCCCCUCGGUCCUUCACCCCGCGCGUUGCGAAAGCGCGACCCCCUCCCCCCGGAGCUAUAAAGCGGCGGGGCGAGCGGCCGGCGCGUCUCCUGCCCGGCUCCACGCGCGCCCGGACGCGGCGGCCAGGCUUGCGCGCGUCUCCCCGUGGGCGGACUCUGGGCAAGAUGGAGUGGGUGUGGGCGCUCAUGCUGCUGGCGGCGCUGGGCAGCGGCCGGGCGGAGCGCGACUGCCGGGUGAGCAGCUUCCGAGUCAAGGAGAACUUCGACAAGGCUCGUUUCGCCGGGACCUGGUACGCCAUGGCCAAGAAGGACCCCGAAGGUCUCUUUCUGCAGGACAACAUUGUCGCCGAGUUCUCCGUGGACGAGAACGGCCAGAUGAGCGCCACGGCCAAGGGCCGAGUCCGUCUUUUGAAUAACUGGGACGUGUGCGCAGACAUGGUGGGCACCUUCACAGACACCGAGGACUCUGCCAAGUUCAAGAUGAAGUACUGGGGCGUAGCCUCCUUUCUCCAGAAAGGAAACGACGACCACUGGAUCAUUGACACAGACUACGACACGUUCGCGGUGCAGUACUCCUGCCGCCUCCUGAACCUCGACGGCACCUGUGCUGACAGCUACUCCUUUGUGUUUGCCCGUGAUCCCAACGGCCUGCCCCCAGACGUGCAGAGGAUCGUGAGGCAGCGGCAGGAGGAGCUGUGCCUGAGCCGGCAGUACAGGCUCAUCCCCCACAAUGGUUACUGUGAUGGCAAAUCAGAAAGAAACCUUUUGUAGCAACAUCAAGGAUGGAAAGUUUCAUUUGAAGACUUCCGAUUAAUUCUCAUCCAGUCUUCAACUCUAUUUAUCUUAGGAGUUUAAUCUGCACCUCUCUCCCCAGCUGCCCUUAGUACAUAUGAGACCUUCAGUACACGUAAAAAUAUAGGUGGGAAUAAGUUAAUCUGUUUGCAGCCAAAUGUACAUCUUUACUGAAGUUUUCUGAGAGAUCAUUUGAGGCCUCGGAUUCCAGACUUUGAUUUAUUAAAAUAUAGUCACCCGUUUCCUA